GCCGCAAACUGACUAUUUGUUGACGUAAAACUGACGUGAAGCCCCAGUUUACUGCAGUGCUCGUUUGUGGAAGUCUGCUCAGCCUGGUGUGAAAGCAAACAUCUAGCUAGCUGCCGAAGUCUUCCAUCUUGUCAGCGUCCGCUUUUCGGGUUGUCAUCGAGACACGUGUUGGCAGCUAGCACGCUAUGAAGAUGAAGAAGCGACCAAACAUUCUGUUAACAGGAACCCCUGGUGUUGGAAAGACCACUUUAGGAAAGGAGCUGGCCCAGCGGACAGGGCUGACCUAUGUUAACAUAGGAGACCUGGCCCAGGAAGGACAACUUUAUGAUGGCUAUGACGAAGAGUACCAGUGCCCGGUUUUGGAUGAAGAUAGAGUGGUGGAUGAGCUGGAUGAAAAGAUGGUAGAAGGUGGUGUGAUUGUUGACUAUCAUGGCUGUGACCUAUUCCCUGAACGCUGGUUCCACAUGGUCUUUGUCCUCCGCACAGACAACACGCAGUUGUACACACGGCUAGAGAGCAGGGGCUACGCAGGAAAGAAGCUGCAGGACAACGUGCAGUGUGAGAUCUUCCAGACCAUCUACGAGGAGGCCAUGGAGGCCUACCGUGAGGAGAUUGUCCACCAGCUGCCCAGCAACACUCCAGAAGACCUAGAGCGCAACUUGGAGCAGAUAGUGCAGUGGACUGAGCAGUGGAUGAAGGACCAUAACUAGAAGCUGAACUCUGCCUGCUUGGGUCCACUAGGAGAACUGCCAACAAAAGUUAUUUGGACAAUUAAAAACGAUUGAAUUGUAGUUAUUUUCCAAUCUGCAUUUCUUUAACACUGGUGAUAUGUUCAAAGUAUAAUCACUUUCUUCAGUGGUCUGUCUUACCUGCUUGCAGUUUGCAGGUAGUGCUGCAGGACAAACUCACUCUCAAAUGGCUGGACUUUGACGGUUGAAAGAUGUCCUUUUAAACACAGUACCAAACACCAGGACUUUCUGAUUACCCAUAGCAUGAUUUUUAACUAGUACAAACUAGUGUCACGUCAAAUCACUCAUAAACUGCUGCAUUCAUGUCAUUUUUUUAUAAAUAAAAAAUCACUGGGAAACCGCA